AUGUCGUCCUCGGUCACCGGCCCUCCCGUCGUCUACUUGCUCAAUCUCAACGAUGCUGGAGCUCCGGACGUUGGCGGGCAAGGUUACAUCAACCUCCCCUCCCCGUCCACGCCCUACACGCUCCGUUUCGCGAUCCAGGGAGCGAGUUCCAUCUGCCGUGAAGGAAAGCUGUGGAUCAAUGUCCCAAAGGGCAAUGAGGCAUUCGAGAGAGAGAAGUUCCAAGCACUUCCACUCACGCCUUCAUUUGGACGCGUCCUACACAUCGACAUCCCUAUCUCAAAGCCGGGAACGUACUGCUACUAUAUAUCGUAUACGCCGCUGCUACCGUUUACCACUAAGGCGGAUGUCGAGCCACCGAAACCCACGCGGACCGAAGCCUAUUAUGUCACCGUCUCCCCGAGUCUGGCCAUCAACGGCAAGAACCUUGAGCUUAAUGCACUCACGGUUUACUCCGUGCUGUCCAAGUUCCUCGGCCCGGUCAAGCAGUGGGAUGCCUACAUGAAGUACAUUGCCGAGAAGGGAUACAACAUGGUGCACUUUACUCCUCUGAUGGAGCGCGGAGCUUCAAAUUCCCCCUUCAGCUUAUUCAACCAGACCAACUUCGAUCCGGUUGCCUUCCCCGGCGGUGAGAAGGAAGUCAGAGCUAUGGUGACUAAGAUGGAGAAAGAGCACGGCAUCCUGAGUCUCACGGACGUUGUGUGGAACCACACUGCACACAAUUCGGAGUGGCUACAGCAUCAUCCCGAAGCCGGGUAUAACCGACUUACGGCGCCGUGGCUCGAGGCAGCGUACCAGUUCGAUGAAGCGUUGCUUGAGUUCAGCAAGAAUCUAGCCGGGCUGGGCUAUCCUACCGAGCUGAAGACCGUGGAGGACCUUUUGAAGGUGAUGGACGGCAUCAAAAUCCACGUCAUUGCCCAGGUGAAGCUUUGGCAGUUCUAUAUCAUUGAUGUGGAUGCGAACCUCGAGGCGAUCAUGCAGAGGUGGGAGUCUCAGGGACCCGAAGCUGCCGUGGAGAAGGUGACGGCCCUCGGAUAUACCAAGGGCAUUUCGCUGCAGGCAAAAGCGGUAUUUCUCACGGAGCACGGCCUGAUUGGAGGAGACCGGUUGGGUGAGAGAUUCCGGAAGACCGUCGAUCCAGAUAUUGGUGCUGCUCUCCUUCACAUCGAACACGGCGCACCUUCGGCAGAUAAGGACAUCGGCUCGGUCCUCGUCCCCCGGAAGGAGCUCAAGUCUAUCCUCGAUGAGAUCAACCUCCCAUUCUACAAGGAAUACGAUACCGACAUUGCGGAAGCCCAAGAGCAGCUAUACAACAGAAUCGAUUACACGCGAGUUGCUGACCACGGUCCGAAAAUGGGCGUAAUCACGGAGGAGAGCCCAUUGAUUGAAACCGCCUUUACUCGCCUCCCACUCAACGAGAUAACGAAGAAGCACGAUCCGAAGAGUUUGGCAUUGGCCAACAAUGGUUGGUUGUGGGACAACACCUCCGACUUUGCCUCCGAGAAACACAGGUCGUACCUGCGACGGGAAGUCAUCACAUGGGGCGAUUGUGUCAAGCUGCGCUACGGAGACAAGCCCGAAGACUCACCGUACCUGUGGGACUUCAUGGCCAAAUACACAAAGCUGAUGGCCCAGAUCUUCCAUGGUUUCCGAAUCGACAAUUGUCACUCCACACCCCUCCAAGUUGGUGAGUACAUGCUGGAUAUUGCAAGGCGCGAACGGCCGGACCUCUACACGGUUGCAGAGUUGUUCACUGGUGAUGAGCGCAAGGACAAGGUCUUCCUCGAAAGGCUCGGUCUGAGCAGUCUCGUGCGUGAGGCGAUGGUUGCCUGGGGUCCGGGCGAACUCUCCAGACUCCUGCACAGACACGGAGGAAAGCCGAUUGGGAGUAUGGAGCAGGAAUUCGCAACCCGAUCCGGAGACGAAAUCGUCACAACCGUCGCUGGAUCCCCGAUCAACGCGCUGUUUAUGGAUUGCACCCACGACAACGAGGUGCCUACCCAGAAGCGGACCCCCGAAGACACCCUGCCUAACGGCGCUCUUGCGGCUAUGUGCGACUGUGCGGUGGGCUCUGUCCAAGGAUUCGACGAGAUAUACCCCCACCUUAUCGAUCUUGUCCACGAGACCCGGAACUACGAGAUACCGCCAAAGCAACUCGAGGGAAGCACGGCUGGCAUCGCUAGUGUGAAAUCGAUCAUGAACAGGAUACACAGCAAAAUGGGCAAGGAAGGCUACACGGAGAUGCACGUUCACCACGAGGGCGACUACAUCACCAUGCACCGAGUACAUCCAAAGACACACCGCGGAUACUUUUUGAUCGCUCACUGUGCUUUCGGACCUGGAACUGACCGAGGAAACUUCAACCCGGUGAAGAUCCCAAGGACCAAGGUCAAAUCUCUUGGUACCUGGGGUCUGACGGUUGACGGCACCCCGGAGAUGAUAAAGAAAGUCAGAGCAGACCCCACCACUCUACGAGGAUUGCCGGCGGAGCUCAUCAAGAUGGAAACCCCGAGGAUCGAGGAAGUCGAUGACAGUUCGAUCAUCACCAUCCUCGACCACUUCCCGCCUGGAAGUAUCGCGCUGUUUGAGACCUGGGUAGAAGGUUUCGAGAAAGGGGACGAGUUGGAUUCUUUCUCGGUCAGCGGGGCCGAAGAGGCGUUCAAAUCGGUGAGCUUGGUCGACCUGAACUUCCUCCUCUAUCGCUGCGACCCAGAAGAGCGAGACACUUCCGAUGGCAAGAACGGCGUGUAUGAUAUUCCAGGCCACGGACGACUAGUCUACGCCGGUCUUCAAGGAUGGUGGUCUGUUGUCAGAGAGAUCAUCAAGAACAACGAUCUCGGACACCCCCUUUGUCAACAUCUCCGUGAUGGCAUGUGGGCACUCGACUGGACCGUGGGACGCCUGGAGCGACUGAUAGAGCGCGGACACAAGGGCCUAGAAGGACCUACCAAGUGGCUGAAGGAACGAUUCGCCAAGAUCAAGGAGAUUCCUAGUUUCCUUGUUCCCCGAUACUUCUCCUUGGUCUUGCAGACUGCAUACACUGCCGCAGUCGAGCACGCCAUGAAGUUGUUCGGUGAACAAGUUCAGGGAGGCACUCAAUUCUUAAAGUCACUAGCAUUGUGCAGCAUUCAAAUGACUGGUAUCACCAAAUCUGGUUCACUCUGGCCGACCAAGGAGGUUCCUUCCAUGGCCGCUGGUCUUCCCCACUUUGCUGUCGAAUGGGCUCGCUGCUGGGGACGUGAUGUCUUCAUUUCCCUUCGUGGUCUGUGUCUCGCCGUCGGCCGAUUCGACGAUGCGAAGGAGCACAUCCUAGCCUUUGCCUCCGUCCUCAAACAUGGCAUGAUCCCAAACCUCUUGGGUGCCGGCAAGACUCCGAGGUACAAUGCCAGAGACUCUAUCUGGUUCUUCCUCCAGGCAAUCCAGGACUACACCACGAUGGCUCCCGACGGCCACAAGAUCCUCCAGGAGAAGGUCAAGCGUCGUUUCCUGCCGAGUGACGACACGUGGUUUCCCGUCGAGGACCCCAGAGCUUACUCCAAGGAGAGCACCGUCGAGGAGAUUAUCCAGGAGUCACUACAGGCACACGCAUUGGGCUUCAACUACAAAGAGGCAAAUGCCGGGCCCAACCUGGAUAUGCAGAUGAAGGAUGAAGGAUUCUGGGUCAACGUUCAGCCGAGCUGGGAAACCGGCUUCGUCAGUGGUGGCAAUGAGUGGAACUGCGGUACAUGGAUGGACAAGAUGGGUGAGAGCGACAAGGCGGGAUCCAAAGGUCACCCAGGAACCCCGAGAGAUGGUGCCGCAAUUGAGAUCACUGGUCUGCUUUACAGCACCCUGAAGUGGGUCGCGGCACUCAACAAGGAGAAGAAGUACAAGUGGAGCUCGGUCAAGAAGAGUGAUGGCAAGGAGAUCACCUUCGAGUCAUGGGCAGGCCUCAUCAAGGACAACUUUGAGCGCUGCUACUACAUUCCGAAAGAUCCUAAGGACGAUAGCAAGUAUGUCAUCAAGGCUAACACUGUCAACCGCCGAGGCAUUUACAAGGACUUGUUUGGCGGAGUCAGGGUCUAUGAGGACUACCAACUCAGGCCGAAUUACGCGAUCGCCAUGGCUGUGGCACCGGAUAUCUUCGACCCCGAUCACGCCCUUGGCUGCCUCGAGAUCGCCGACGAAGUCCUUCGGAAACCCCUGGGAAUCGCCACGCUGGACCCGUCCGACCAAAACUACCGCCCGAACUACAUCAACUCCCUCGACAACGAUGACUACGCCACCGCCAAGGGCCGCAACUACCACCAAGGUCCCGAGUGGCUCUGGCCUCUCGGCUACUUCCUCCGUGCGAUGUUGACCUUCGACUCGAAGCGGAGAAAGACCAAGGCCGGGCGCGUCGAGAUGCUCCAGCAGCUCGCGGCGAGAAUGGAGGGCUGCAGACACGAGAUCGAAAAGACGCCAUGGGCUGGGUUGACCGAGCUUACGAACGAGAAUGGUUCGUUCUGUUCGGACAGUAGUCCCACACAGGCGUGGAGCGCGGGCUGCCUGAUAGAUCUUUUUUACGACGCCCAUGCUGUGGAUGUCUAG